UCCAAUGCAAAAUCAACUCAAUCCCAAUCCCAAUCCCAAUCGCGAGCAGGUGGACGGAGACGGUUUGUUUUCCUCUGAAAGUUUUUCUCAAUGGCUUCAAUGGCGUCUUCAAGCCCUUAUUGUUUCUGCAACCGUUACAGAAAUGCUCGCUUACGCUCUGCUUCCAUCUCCACCUUCCCCCGUAUCAUCCUCUGUCACCAGCACCAAAGCCGCGACCAAUCCGCUGAAAAUAUCAAUCGAAGGGAAAUAGUACUGCGGAGUAGCGAAUUAGCGGUCAUUGGAGCGAUUUUUAACUUGAGUGGGAAAAAGCCUGAAUAUCUUGGUGUGCAGAAAAACCAACCAAGUUUGGCACUGUGUCCAGCAACUAGGAACUGUAUAUCUACUUCAGAAAAUGUCAGCGAUCUCACCCAUUAUGCUCCACCAUGGAAUUAUAACCCAGAAGAAGGAAGAGGCAAGAAAGAUCCUAUAAGCAGAGAAGUGGCAAUGCAGGAACUUACCCAAGUGAUAAAAUCGACAAAACCCGACAAGUUUACGCCGAAGAUAGUAGAGCAGAAAGAUGACUAUUUAUUAGUGGAAUAUGAAAGUCCCAUACUAGGGUUUGUGGAUGACGUCGAGUUUUGGUUUCCACCAGGCAAGAAGUCGAUAGUAGAAUACCGAUCAGCAUCCCGAAUCGGGAACUUUGAUUUUGAUAUCAAUAGAAAGAGAAUCAAGGCUCUUAGACUGGAAUUGGAGAAGAAAGGAUGGGCUCCAGUAGAAAGCUUUUAGAAAAGAAGGGAUAUGACUCUUUUUACAUAGUUCUGUCCAACUUUAUGUGUUCAUUACAUUUCACAUACAGGAAAAUUUUAUAUUCGUCGAGGAGAUUCCUCCCACUGUAAUGGAAAUUUAUGUGAAAUAUUAAAUGGAGGGUGGUUCUUUUUUAUGACAAUCCCUCCUAUAUAGCAUGUCAAUUUCUUUUAAUAAAAGGCCCAAAUUUGGCCCCCACAAACUUGUAUUCCAUCGCUCCCUAAUGUAUUUGAUUAUAAAAAAAAAA